AUGCCCCCCAAACGCCAAGGAAACAGAAACAAGAAAGGCCCGGUAUCCAAGGGUCCCGACUUGAAGAAAGAACCCGAAUGUGUCAGCCGUGCGUCUAUUCAGGUAGACUGGGCGAUACCCAAAGCGAAGCGGAAAAAUGAUUUUGACCGAAAAUACUUGGACGAUUACGCUCAGCCUUUGUACGAGAGAGAACCGGACGAGCUCCGACUAACCCAAGCAGGCUUGCCCGAGGCUCAAAUACGCACGCCAAUCUAUCAGAAAGAUGGCAAGGACAUGGUUGCAGGAGAUGCAAACCAAUCCAGUGCAGCAUUGCGCGGCCUUUACAAUGAGAUCAAGAGACUAAGUGCCAAGGAGCCAGACGGACUUCAUGAUAUUGCCGCACUUACUGGGCAAUUUGAAGAGGGGGACGAGAAUGCUGCAGUGAUCCUAUCCAGAGCGAAGAAUCAAGAAAUAUUUAUCUUGCACACAGAGCGACGUCUGCAAGUAACCGUCAAUGAUCAAACUGCUCACGUCGAUUUCAUCCGACGGGCACCAUCAAGUGCGGAGAACCAGAGGCUAGGCCAUUUUAUCGAUGUCCCCCUAGGGACAUCGAUCACCGUCAAUGGUAUCACAUAUAUCAAUCAAGGUAGUUCCUCGCCUAGACCCUUUUUCAUUGGUCCUCUAGAAGACUUCGCUGUCAUUGAGCUGCUUUCGCAGCCAUUGUUCUUUUUCCGACAUGAAGGCAGCUUGAAGUAUAAGGCGACUACUAGAAAAGCUGCCCAACAUGAGAUGGAUCGUCGUGACAGAAACGGAGAUGUUGCUAGCAAGAACGUGGUAAUCAGGUGGCUUCCAAUUGGGCCACCAGAAGAUACGUCGCAAGAAGUUGGGAAUGAAGCAGAGACUACCGAAUCCAUGUCUGAAAUGUUCCAAAAUCUCGCGAAUGAACAGAUACAGCAUGAGGUUGAGGAAGUUGAGGCAGCUGAGGAAGUCCAGGAAGUUGAACAAGUCGAAGGAGUCAAGGAAGAAGAAGACGAAUAUUCCGACGCAUUCACAGAUGACGGUCGGCCAAUCGAGAAUCCGUCCGGCUAUUUUAAAACACGACUCAACCAACAUUUGGAAGAUAAAGUAGCGUCUCUCAUCCCCAGGGUGAUCACUUCCGUCAACCACCGACAGCCAGGAAAUGCUGGGUUCAGUUUCAUGCAUAACAGUACGAUCUUCCGACCGGGAAGAAUACUACUUACUGCCCUCACCCAGCAGUCUGGUCGCCAUCUCCUGCUCGUAGCCCAGAUCCGACAGCCAGACCAAAGAAUCAGAGUCAGAGUCCUAUAUCCGCUGUUCUGGCGUAGUUCAUGGAGUCAUCGCAAUAAGAUCCACCAAAAUUUGCGACGUUGGAUUUUGGCUUCUGAAUCGAGCGAGCAAAUGACAGAGCAUCUGCUCAUGGAUACCGAGUGGGUGCCUUGUGCGCAGGCCGCUACCCAAGAGGCUUCUUCUACAUAUACAGUUUUGAAUGCAUGGGCCUUAGCCAUGGGCCUAGAGCCCAAUCCAGCAUUUACGCCAGACCGCCAGGGUUACGAGGCUUUCUUCAUUCAAGCAGAGGGAAUGUUCCAUCUCGCUUUGGAGAAUGCCUUGACUUGGAAACUGCUUCUGUCGUUCUUACGUUGCACUGGAUUCGCGAAGCCAGUUGUUACGACAGAAGUCAAUGAUGAUGAAGAUGCUGAUCUGCCAGCUAAGGAUCGCCGUUUUGAUCUGCGUAAGCGCCCUUUUGACAUUCUGAUUGCUGAUCAGACAAAAGCCGACGAGACUUUUCCAGCAAAGAAAAUAGAGACGAAGCAGAUUCCUAUGCAGCUCGAAGAUGGUAUUCUUCACAGCGAAAUAUCGUCGUCAAAUUCACUCUCUAACGAAGAAUUGAAUGAGCUGAUACCCCUUGUACGUGAAGGACGAUGGAGACUGCAAGAUAUGGCAAAGCAGCCUAAUCAAAACCUUUCCGAGGACAUAGAAAUGUCUGAAGAGCCUUCUGAGACUCUUUUGCCGCUGGGAGAUUCACAUGUUCAGCCUUCUCAAUUGGAUAACUUUCCUGUACCAGCUGAGUUCAAUCCCUGCGAAUAUCUCCAUGAAGAGCUGAACAAGCUAGCCAAUGGUAAUCAGAUCACUCAGAAAGACCUGCCAGAAGCACUUGCAACAGAUGUAUCCCCGUUAACCAAGAAUGAGAUCCGAGAGAGCAUAGCAUCCGUCAUCCGAGCCCUCAACCAACGCUACCCCCUAGGCGCAGGCUUUGCCACCGAGUCCUCCACAACUGAGGUCAAAUCGUCCAUCACCAAAAACGGAGACCUAAUCUCGAUAUACAUGCUAGAGGCAACCGAAAACCACAAUCUCUGCAUCCUGACACAAAACCCCGGAGCCAACAGGAAUUCCGACAUCGUUAUCGACUCCGCACCCUGGCUAACAAGCAAAGCUACCAGAGCCGAGAUAUGUACUCGCCUCGGCUCCGAGAAAUCCAUCACAGGGCCUCUCAAAUGGGUCUUUGCACCGCAACAGGUGUGCGAGCAUCAUGACGGAUAUCAUGUUGUACUUAACGCAUGGAGUAUCUUGCUGAAUUUGCCUUUGAACACUGAGGGUUUCAUUUCAAGCCCAGCAUUCAUCCGCGAUGCACGUAACGUUAUUCAGGCUGCGCUGCGGGGCGAGGCGAAUUGGCUGCUUAUCUGGGCUUUGCUGCGCUGUCAUGAGUAUGUAGCUUCGACCGAGGCACCGGGACUGGGAAGAAGAUUCGCUAGGACGAUACCGGAGAGUGAGCAAGAAGCGUAUGAAGCGUUUAUGCGAACGAAAAAAGGGGAGAUUGUUGGGGAGGGUGUGAAUGUGUAUGAGCUAUUCCUCACCGGAUCAGUCCAAAAUCACGAUGAUUCAUUUCGUUGGGAUCGUCUUGAUACGGAGGAUCGAAACACAAGGAUUUCUGAAUUGGAGCGCAACGGGCUUUUCGACAGCACUUUGUCUCGCGAUGAGAUUCGAAGGCGAUAUGCCUCACUGAGUAAGCCUUUCAGCCUGUGCGAGUCCCUGCGAGACACUCUGAGUAAGCUGCUAGCAAAUGAGCAGAUACAGAAGGAGCUGAAAGAAUUUCGAAGCGAGGAUAUAAUAAGGACAGAGAAGGGAGAGUGGAUAGAUGAUACGGAAAGCGCACUCGCUAUGAGCGCCGUCAUCAUGGCCAUCAACGAGAUGCAGAGUAUCGAGGAAGGAUUCAGCAUCGUUCAAAGUCAAUUUGUGCAGUUAUGCCAAGCUUUGGAAGGGGUUGAUGUGGAAAACUACAUGCUCAACGCUCUUCAUCCUGGUCGGCCACUGCUUGCUCCAAUCUCUUUUAAAAACCAUAUUGUUCUUCUCCUUGCCCAAUUAGACGAACAAGGUCGACCGACAAUUUCCUUCUUGGAUUCUUUAUUCUAUCAUUACGAUGCAGAAGAUCGUGAGAAAUUGUUCGAGAUUGGCUGGCAGGUUCUGCGUGGUUCCUCUUGGUGGCAGGGUGUCUUCGCGAAUAAAAAUGCCUUUGAGAAGGUAAAGCCAAAGUCCGCGACUUGGGUAGAAACCGCUCGCCAGCCGACCGCGAACGAAUGCGGAUACUUUACGAUCCUGAAUGCAUGGGGUCUGGUCAUGGGAUUGGAGCUCAAUCAAAAUGUGCGACUGCGAUGGACUGAUUCGUUCUUCCAAGAGCUGCAAGACGUGGUGCAUCUUGUGCGUCUCGGACAUGCGGAUUGGAAACUCAUCUCUGCUUUUCUGCAGUGUCACGACCUUGUUCGAGAUGGUAUUGUACCGGAGAACAGGCGCUUUGCUAAGACUCAUUCGACACGGAUCGAGUCAAGAUUUGAUGAUGAUCUGGCAACCCUCCUGGCUACGGAAAAGUUGCACUGGGCUAGGCAAAAAUAUCAGACCGAAGCAUUGAAACGCAUCCGAAAUGUGAACCGCAUUCCAAACAUGACUGGGAGACCGCAUAACGGGAAGAAAGCGUUCCCUUCCGACGAAUGGGUUGAUGCCACAAAGAAGUAUGAAUAUGUACCACGACUCCAGCGUUUCGAUCUCCUUAACAUCAACCAUAAGGAGAAGGAAAUUGAAGCAGUCUUUAGAAACCUGGCCAAGACCCGAGUAGAAAGCUGCCUAAAGAAACUACCACCAGCCAACUCGCAGUCUAUUGCAUCCAAGCAAGAAGCCCUUCUACAAGUAAUCCGCGAUGAUACCAACUUGCACUACGAAGGCAUGGACUCAAACAUCCAAAGGGAGCCCGGCGAAUGGAUCGAAGAGACACUUGAUUUCUACGACCAAAUUCGAAGGACCGCCAGACUCCAGCAGAUGCUCAACAACAAGGGUACCGUGAAACCCAAUGACUGGCAACGUCUCAUGGACGACUCCGAUUUGAACCUUGCCGUGGCAUCUGUCGUAGAAGCCAUCGACAACCUGCAGUCGCGUCUGCACGCAGCAUCAGGAUCGCAACGCCCCUUUGCCGGUGGUUUCGCUUUGACAACCAGUACCACCCUCCAGAUGGCAUUGAACGGGAUCGAAAGCAUUCCCUUCUCACGCCCGCGAAGGGCCUGGCUUAUUCCAUUAGUCGCAACCAAAAACGGACUACUAGAGCAACUAGAAGUUUGGGCUAAGACAAACGGCAAGAAGUACAAAAGUCCCACUGGUCGUGCAGGCGGUCACGGAUUCCUCGUGGUCGUCCAAGAAGCAAUCAACAACGACUCCGAAAACCCAGCCGAGACGCGUUUCGAAACCCACAUUUUCGAUAGCUGCCUCCGCAUCUUCAACGAUGUUCGGGACUUCUUCUGUGUGCGUGUGGAAAAUGCUGCUGCGUCACUGAAGUGGUCGACGCACCGCAACGAAUUCGGUGCUGUGCAAUUCGAUGCCGAAGCAUUUGUUCACGAAAACCUUCCUCAACAGACGACAGGUGGUUUCCAGUGCGGUCACCACGUAUUGAUCAACGCCUGGAUUAUCGCCAUGGGCCUUCACUUCGACCCCGAAGCGAAGUAUACCUCUGAGAUCUACAAACAGCUCUACACGCUUGCUGAGGCUGCUACAGCCGGUAUUCUCGACUGGCGAACGCUGGUCGCGUGGUUCUUCUGGCACAAGCUCACCAUCGAGCGCAAUUUUGAUGCCGUACCCGAGAAUCGCCGGUUCAGACAUACAGUUGUGCAACGUGAUGAGCGUGUGCUGGGGGAUAGGAUCAGGGAGCAGUAUGCAGUUGAAGAUGCGCGGCUGGAGAUGCACAGUUUGGCGCAGGUGCCGUAUGAUUAUUCGAAUAACUUUGUGAUGAUUGGUGGCGAGAAUAGCAGAGAGAAUGGUGGAGAGAGUAUCCGGGAGCAUACUGAAGAGAGUAGCGGAGAAGAUAGUGAGAGUAUGGGUAGUUUGUUUGGGUUGAAGAGGCGCGUUGAUGAUGCCGAGGGGGACUUUUUGGAGAAGCGCAGGGGGAUCAAGAGGAAGCGGAAGAGGGGCCUGAGGUUUUUGGAUCGGUAUGAUGAGGGUGAGGGUAAGCAGAAUGCAGGAGGUCAGGCUGGGAAGAAGCGGCGGCUGCUUGGUCAUUUGACUCCGCUGGAUGUUUAGGAUUAUUGGAAGAUAGCUAGCUGGUUUGUCCUUUUCGUUGUAGUAGGCGUCAUGUAAUGAGUACAUAUUUUUCCAACAUCCCUCCCUGGGUUACCGAACACCCCCUGUGACCAGACAAACCAUUGGUACUU